CGUCAUGGAGGAACACGUCAACCAGGCUGGAAACUCGUCUGCAGAUGGUCUGGUGUUCACCGAUGCUUCGAUCAUUCUCAGGGCUUUGGUGCUCGGUCUUCUGAUACUCGUCACCGUUGUCGGAAACCUAUUCGUGAUAGCGGCGAUCCUGCUGGAACGGAAUUUGCAGUCCGUGGCGAAUUACUUAAUCGUCAGCUUGGCCGUCGCCGAUCUUAUGGUCGCCUGCCUCGUCAUGCCACUCGGAGCCGUUUAUGAGAUAAACUCCAGAUGGUCGUUGGGGCCCGAGCUUUGCGACAUGUGGACCAGCAGCGAUGUUCUCUGCUGCACCGCCUCGAUAUUGCAUCUGGUGGCUAUCGCGGUCGACAGAUAUUGGGCAGUCACCGAUCUCAAUUAUAUACAGGCGAGGAAUCCGAGGAGGAUCGGUAUCCUGAUCGUCACCGUCUGGCUGGUGUCCUUAGGAAUCUCGUUGGCGCCCCAACUCGGCUGGAAAGAUCCUGAUUAUUUAGACCGUAUUGCCGACGGAACGUGUCUGGUGUCGCAGGACCUCGCAUACCAGAUCUUCGCCACUUGCACCACUUUCUAUCUGCCACUGCUCGUCAUUCUAUUCCUGUACUGGAGGAUAUUUCAAGCGGCGCGAAAGCGGAUCAGGAAGAGACCCGGGACUAUCGUGCAGCCGCCCCGUGAAAGAAGAGGCAUCCUGAGACUCGUCACAAGAAGGCCUCGGGAGGAGUCGACGGCGUUCACCAUAACGAGAUCGACGCCGGACCAUUCGUCGAUCUCGCCGGAGAAAUCGUCGUCGUACAACGGGGCGAACGCGACGACGCAGCCAACGACGGUGACGCCAUCCGUGGUGUCCACGACGACGACCACCACCACCGCGACCACCGUGACGCAUCCGUCGAGCAGCCACUCGACCUCAUCCACGAAAAGAACACGCGAGACGCUCGAGUCGAAGCGCGAGAGGAAGGCAGCGAAGACGUUGGCGAUAAUAACCGGGGCGUUCGUCGCCUGUUGGCUUCCGUUCUUCCUGGUGGCGUUGCUUCGCGCCACGUGCGAGGUGUGCGAGCCGCCGGAGCUGAUGGCCAGCUUCUUCCUCUGGCUGGGUUACUUCAACAGCACCCUGAACCCUGUCAUCUACACAGUGUUCUCGCCAGAGUUCAGGCAAGCGUUCAAGAGGAUGCUCUGCGGUAGUUCCAGGAUAAUUCGCUAACAGUGGAUUUAAACGAGACCGUUCUCGAUGCGAGUAAACGUGUGCGCGAGGAACAAAGAUAAACAUGGACGCGUGCGUUUUGUGUACAUACAGUAAACACUACUACCCUUUCCCUCGGAUAUAGUUCAACUACCGUGUCGCGUACUUAGGCACGCCUUAGAGAGUCCGUAGACGUUUUUCCUUGAAAGUUGUCGCCGCGACGACGCGGUGCAGCGACGCCAGAUUAGGCGAACAGCGAACA